AUGCCAUUAUCAUCUCCAGAUAUAGUACAAGGAGGAGAAGCAACAACACCACCAGAAACAUCACCAUCAAGUUCAGAAAGUGCUGGGUCUAGCGGGUCGAUCAGAGGAGCUACAGAAAUGACUAGCGAGUAUGAUAGGCCACAUACUCCACCUCAUCAAAUUCGCUCUACAUCUGAAAAUCAAGACUUACUUAAACGAUUAAGACAAGAAAAACAGCGAACGAAAUCCACGUAUGAACCAAUCUGCUCAAACAUAAUCGACACAACAAACAAGAUUUUAAUGGAUAGAUUGAAAAUCAAACGCAAUUAUACAUGGGAUCCUGUCACUAAUGACGCUAUAAAAUAUAUUGAUGAAUUAAUUGAUAGUUCUGAUUCUCGCAAUGAAUUCCGUAGCAAACUUCAACUUCCAUUUGUUCCGUCAGAUGAAACAUAUUCAUUUAGCAAACACUAUGAAAUACAUUGGGUCCAUCGUUUUGCUGACAAACUAUCAUUGUUUUUUGAAGCUCCAAGAAAUCCGCUCUUGGACAAAAACUCCGAGGGUUGGAUCAAUUGUCACUUAUUGACUCCGUUGAUUGAUGAUUGCUUUUUGACUUGCGAGGAGAUUCAAGUGCAUCGAGGCGAAGAGAUGUCUUUGGCAUCAAUCGAGCGUAAGAACGUGACAAGAGAAGAUUCGGAAAAAAAAAGAUCUGGACAUAAGAUCGAUAUUUUAUUCCGUAUCGAUAAUAUGGAAUAUUUUGGCUCGGAAACAUACACCGAUGAAGAUCCUCAAAACUCAAAACCAAUUAACUACAAACAUAAGGUUUUUCGUGAAAUGAAGGAUCAACUAGAUCGCAUCCUGAAUAAUUUGAAAUUUACAAAAGAAUCUAUUAAAGGAGUAAAGAACAUUGUUUUACACGGAAUAACUCAUGGAGGUCUUAACGGGAAGAUGUAUGCCAUGUACUAUGAUGUCGAUAUUGGAUAUUAUUUCGUGUUCAAGACGUGUCAAUAUCGAAUUGGAACGACAUGGGGAAGCAUUCCAGAAAGCCUUGUGGCUUUAAAAGAUGUAUUAAGCUUAAAGAAUGAUAUAACAAAUGUUCUUGGUGUUGUUAAGAAAGUAAAAAGAGUUGCGUUACAAACAAGACCAGAAGAUUUGUUUACUAUCGACAAUCUUCCGGAGACAACACCAACCCCGAAAAAAUCUCAAAAAGAGUA